AUGUCCUCAAGAAGCAUAACACAGCCGAAAAUCUGCGAAAAUUUAAACAAGCUAGAGCAAAAUCCAGAUAUCAUAUCAAGAAAAGCAAGAAAGAAUCCUGACGAAGCUACGUGUCCGCUAAUAACUCGUCUACACCUGCAUCGCAAACCUCGGAAUAAAAUCAAGAGCAUCAGUGGAUCAAAGACAAGCUACGAUAUAACCUCUAUAAAAUACGACAACCAAGUUGUAUCUGACAAAUCAGCUAUCCCAGAAAUCUUUGCUGGCGUCUACUCAGCACACUCUAGCGAAAUCAACUACGAGUACAGCCCUUGUUUUCUCCAGUACAAGUCACAUAUUGAAGGAGAUACUAUUACCAUACUGAACGAUAACAAUACUUCUACAGAUAAUGCUCAACAAUUUGUUGUUGACGAGUUGAUGAUGUUGGAAACACAGGAAUCUCAAGCUCAAUUCCAGGUACCAAAUACUCCAAAUAGAUGUCUACUGCCAUCUACUUCACGUCUCGAAACACCUACAACUUCAUCUUCAGAUUAA